UCGCAUCGCCUUGGGUGCCAUCCUGCGGCAUGUGAAAAGCUUCGAUGGCGCGAUGGCGCUUUCUGGUGGUCACCGCCUUUGAUGUCAACUAUGAGGUGGGCUUCCUGUGCUCCACGGUGAACGAGGCCUACUGCAGGCAGCACGGCUAUGGCUUCCUCCGACUUUGCGUGGAGGCGGGGCAGCUGCGGGAGCUGAGCCAAGGCCGGCACUUGGCCUGGGCCAAGGUGGCGUUGCUGUGCCACUUGCUGGGGGAGGCCACCCAUGAGGCCUCCUGCUUGGCGUCUGUGCCUCCGGCGACGGACGUGGACUAUGUGGUGUGGGUGGACGCGGACGCCAUGGUCUUGGACCAGCGUCAGCCGCUCGAGGCCUUUGUGGAACUGGCGCAAGCUGCGGACUUCAUCAUCGGGGAGGACAUGGCAGACACGGACCUCUUGAACACCGGCCUCAUGUUCUUUCGGAGCAGCGACUACUGCCGCCGCCUGGCGCGGCGGUGGUGGAUAGACAGCGAUCCCCACUGGCAUCACGAGCUGUGCUGGGACCAGACGGGGCUGUGUCGCUUGCUGGAGGCCGAGGGCUUGGGGAUUUCGAAGCCCUGGUUUAGCUGGUGCGGAGGACCCCGCUUCAAGCGCUUCGGAUCCAAGAUCUUUGUCUUCGACUGCGGGGGCUUCAACUUCAAGUACGUCAACAACUGCGCCUUCGUUUUCCAUGCCGUGGGUGAACGAGAGCUCUUGUUCUCCUUCUCCCGGCAGCUGCUCUUGAAGCGUGACCGCCUGGCCGCAGCGGUGCGCGAAGGCUUUGUGGUGGGCGGCCAAAACUUUGAUCAGGCGAGCACAAACCUCCCGCCCUCAGCGGUAUCAGAAGCGGGACGAGCCCUGGAGUUCUGGCGGGCCUUUGGCGUCGGGAGGACUGGCAAGGCGGGCCACGGCCCGCCACUCGGCUGGGCGCCGUGCGACGAAACCUCGCCCUUGGCGGAGCAGGCGGAGAUGGAGGUGGGUCCGCAGGAGUCGCGGGAGGGCUUGGCCUUGCGCUUCGGCGAGGCGGUGGUGGCGCUACGUCGGCCGAGCGCCGCGAGCGCCGCGAGCGCCGCGAGUGGCGAGGAGAGCUGCAGAGCUCGGCUUUGGCAGGUUCUGGACUACGCCGAUGGCCGGCUGCCGCCCUUUGGCCCGUUGAGCUUCACCAGCACCAGGCCAUGGAGACUACAUGGCUGGCGGGCGGAAGGUUUGGCUUCACUGGAGGCAGGUGGGCUCUUUGGAGAUCCAGUAUUGGACGUGGAGCCUCCGAACUGCCAGACACCUUUGCAGGAGGCCAAGGCGCAGUGCCACGUGGCUGUGCUAUGGGGCGCAAAGGAGUUCCUCCUCUUCGCGCCCUCCGAGCGCCUCAAGGACCUCACGCAAAGCGUCUGGGAUGAUCCCAGCGAGGUGGCGCGCCAUGGGCUGACAGUGCGAAGGCGAGUGCUCCGCCAAGGCCACGCUCUGCACGUGCCCCGCGGCUGGUGGAUCACCUCGCGGUGCAUCUCCGGGGCGGCGACGUUGAGGCGCAGCCCCUUUGGCAGCUCCUGCUCAGCCUCAAAGGGCUGCGCCCGCUCAGGCUUCCAGUGCGCCGCGUCAUGCGCGAAGCGUGGUGGGUCCGGCGCCGAGAGGUGGUCAUCUCGAAUCCGCAUCAAGGCGGUUGAUUGACGCAGGAGAGGAUUUGGGACAUGUGACAUGGCUCUGCCGCCAUACGCCCAAAGUUGCGUCCGCUUGGAAAAUCCACGCAUUUCACCAGGAUUCGAGUGU